UGAUAAGAGCGCGGGAUGCGAUGUCCUCUGAUAACGAUAAACUAUGUUUUCUGCUAGUAUUAGUUUAGCCGCUAUGGCUAACGUGGCUGUCGUCGUGGGCGCGUCUAGCAAUUUAGGCUAUCAAGUACUCAAGCAGUUGGGAAGUGCGUAUAAAGGAAAAAUAUAUUACACAACCGAAGAUGAAUCUACCGGCUACAGUAUAUAUGAAAACCUCAAAGAAUAUUCGCAUUUAGAAUAUUUUCGAGUAGAUUUAACAUAUACUAAGAGUAUUAUCAACUUCAGACAUCACAUACAGGAUCUCGAUGAGAGGAUAGAUCUCCUGAUAAACGUCACUGAUCACGUACCAGAGAAACAAUUGUCCUCCGUCGAUAAAGUGAGAAGAAUAUUAGCUGUAAAUUUCUAUGGAUAUAUUAAUUUUGGAAAACUGGUUUAUCCAUUGCUGACGAGAAAUGCGAGGGUGGUCAACGUGUCCGGACCUGCUGGUCUGCUAGCAACCAUUGAGAAUGAAGCAAUCAGAAAGAGAAUAAGCGAUCCUAAACUUACCGAAGACGAGCUAGUUGCGGUAUUACAGGAUUUUGAAGAAGCAGUCAAGAGAGGCAUACAGAAGACUGAAGGUUGGGGUCACAGCAUGCAUGCGGUUAGCAAGGUUGCUUUGGCAGCUGUGACAUUUCUUCAGCACAGAGAAUGGGCUGAUAAGGGAGUGAUUAUAAAUUGUGUGAAUCCAGGAAACGUUUCAAGUCGCGAACAUAGAAAAUCUACUAAAGCAUUUGAAGAAGGGGCCAAGACUAUUUUAUAUCUGGCACUAGAAGCGCCAUUGACUGUGAAGGGCAAUUUUGUGUGGAGUAACUACAAUGUUAUCGAAUGGAACAGUGAUCCUUUUUUAGAAGUAACUACUGUUUAAUCAAAAUACAGCGUUCUUGACUCAGUAAGAUGUAUGCAAAAGUAUAUUUGGAACAUUGUUUAAAAUAACAAAACUUAAACUGCCUACUAAGUAUUUAUGUCAGAUUUAAGAUAAGAUAUCUAAAUGUGGUAUGCGUUAUAAUAAAGUUAUAAUGUGAGAAAAGAUGUCUUCUUAUAUCUGUAUUUAUUAAAUUUGUUAUCUAAGUAAUGAUUACUUAAUUAAGUGUUGCAAAAAAUGUAUAAAACGUGAAUCGGAGGUUUAAAGCAGUGAUUAUUUGCAGAAAGUAAUUAAAUGAAAUCAUUUGAAAAUGUAUUGAAAUGCAUAUUUUUUAUUACAAAGAUAUUGCAAUAAUGCUAAAGGUAGAUAUUGCAACAGUGUUUUAUAUUUAAAUGAAUAUACAGACGGUAAUUAGAUAAGGAUUAUUUCUGAUAACUAUCAAAAAUUAUUUUGAAGAAUAUCUUACGUACAUGCUUAGAUGAUAAGGAAUUUUUGGUAGGACUAUCUAUGUUAUCUUUAUUGGGCGGCGUCUGAACUAUUUGUGUCAUUUCUUUGCAUUGCUCCUGAUUUCGAUUACUACGUGAUAUAAAAUUAUUACGCAACAUGCGAAUAAGUCGGUACAUAAAACAAUAAAAGUAAUUAAAAUCACAAAUCGAUAAAAUUUGAUAAACGUUUUCGCAGUCAAUACACAUUCACUCUCUUUAGUGUGAAAAAAAUGUAAUCGUAAUCAAAAAUCAAAAUCAACAUAUAGUAUAAAUUGAAUUGUUUCAAUCAUCAAAGAAUUAAAGGAGUCGUAAAUUUUUUACAGCCACCGUCACACUGUGACGAGUCGAGGCCAAGAUCACACAAACAAUAAAAAAAAGAAUACAGCUGAGAAUUGUUUUUUGUCAUAACUUAUGUUUGCUUGUAAUUAGUCUAACUGGCUGUAGAAGUGAAGAGCUGAAGCAAAUAAAUAUUAAAACAAGGGAUGACACAAUUAAAAAAAAUGUUUAUCACAUUUAGCAACAUGCUUGACAAUGUAUCACAGAAUAAAUUAAAAUUUAUUUAUCCGUUUGUCUUUGAUAUAAUGAACAAGUUCUAUGUUUCAUUACCAAAAAAAUCUCUUUUCUCAGCCAGAUAUGUUUAUAUUUUAAAACGACUCGAGAGUUAAUCAAAGCGCAACUUACCUAAAUGAAUCGUUUCAGCCAUAGCAAAGUCUAUCGGCUGAAAAUGCGACUCUUACCAAACUUUUGAACUUCGAUUAAUUAAGUUCUUAACUGGAAAAAGGUGAAAGGCCAUUCCUUACGACUUUCCAAUAUUGUAGAAAAUUUAUUAAUUCUACAAUAAGAGUAAAUAUAAAUAGUUUUCUAUAUUACUUAUUAUGGUAUAGUUUUUAACCUCCGACGGAUAGAAGGUGUUUUGUAUUUGAUGUCGCUCUCUGUGUAUCUGUCUGUCUCAUACGGAACUUCUGAACUCGAUACGGUUUCACAAUUGAAAGCUGAGACUAGCUUGCGAUGGUUUUAGCUACAUCUAGUUAAUCAAUCAGUCUGUGGAAGAGUAUCAGUUCUUUACAAAAUGAUGUAUUUUUGGCCUGCAAUUACACGCUAAGUUCCUUAUGUGUGCCAGAAUAAAAAACUAUCCAGUCGAAAUUAAAUAACAACUAAUUCGUUUUUUUAA